AUGAACACCAAGUUUAGCAUCACUACUAUUGCUCUCGCGGCGCUGGCGUCUGCGACUGUCCACGAGGCUAUGCCCAACUAUGACAACGCGGCAAUGGUCACUGUGCGUCCCUACAAGCGCAUGCUGGAGUACUUCCAUUACGGUCGUGUCAGCUACGAAACCAACUCCGAGACACCCCCUACCAGCACUUUUCCUAGCACGACCCCCACCACUCCAGGUGGUGGUUGUGAGGGAACCACCUGCACUCCGACUACCACCCCGACCACCACUCCUGGCGGUGGUUGUGUAGGAACUACCUGCACUCCGACUACAGUUCCGACCACCACUCCGGUUACCACUCCGACCACCACUCCGGUUACCACUCCGACCACCACUCCUGGCGGUGGCUGUGUAGGAACUACCUGCACUCCAACUACCACUCCAACUACUACUCCGGGCGGCGGCUGCCAGGGAACCACCUGCACUCCGGUUACCACUCCGACCACUACUCCUGGUGGUGGUUGUGUAGGAACUACCUGCACUCCGACCACCACUCCGACCACCACUCCGACCACCACUCCGACCACUACUCCUGGCGGUGGCUGUCUCCGACCACCACUCCGACUACUACUCCAGGCGGCGGCUGCCAGGGAACCACCUGCACUCCGGAUUACCACUCCGACCACCACUCCUGGCGGUGGCUGUGAAGGAUCUACCUGCACUUCAACUAUGACUAUCACUACCACCCCAGGCGGCGGUUCGGCAAUAAUGUUUAUUCAGCAACACCUCCGGAUAUCGAGCCUUCGUGUGAAUCCACCUAUCACGAUCACUCUGUCUCUCACUGAGGCUAUUACGGUGCCAACCACUAUCACGGUGCCGACAACCGUGGCUCAGACGUCGACAGUUACUACAACGGCUGUCCAGAGCGUCACCGAGACGCAAACCGUUCCUACUACUGUGACGCAGACCGAGACCGUGACAUCUGUUAUUCCAACAACAAUCUACAAUACUGAGACCGUCACCAGCACUUCAACAACACUGUCACGGAGACCCAGACAGCGACAGUCACCAAUACCCAGACCUGUUGUCAACACUGCCACUGCUACUGAGACCCAAACGGCGACCGUCACCAACACAGCCACCGUUACCAAUACCCAGACGGUCAACAACACGGUCACGGACACAGAGACAGUCACAGUCACACCUCCUGCUCCAGCCCCGAGCACCGAGACCCAGACGCAGACUUUGACGAUUACUGCCCCGCCCCCAGCUCCCAGUACAGAGACCCAGACCGUGACCGCCCCUUGUGGAACUGUGACUGCAACGGUUACCAUUACGCCACCUGCUCCAGCUCCCAGCACCGAGACCAUUACCAGCCACUGCUACAUCCACAAAUGUCAUCACUACCACUGCGCCGCCACCCGCGCCCAGCACUGA